GCGGGCGGGCUGAGGCGGCGCGGAGCGGCCGCGCUCGGUCCCUUUAAAAGGCGGCGGCGGCGGCGGCCGUGGCCAUUGUCUCCCGCCGGGUUUUAUCCCCCCCUUCGCCGCCGGCUGCCCGGGAGAGGAGCACAAGAUGGCCGAGCUGGGCAGCAAGGGGGUGACGGCCGGCAAGAUCGCCAGCAACGUGCAGAAGAAGCUGACCCGGGCGCAGGAGAAGGUCCUUCAGAAGCUUGGCAAAGCAGAUGAAACGAAAGAUGAACAGUUUGAGCAGUGUGUGCAGAACUUCAACAAACAGCUGUCUGAAGGCACGAGGCUGCAGAAGGAUCUCCGAACUUACUUGGCUUCCGUAAAAGCUAUGCAUGAGGCCUCGAAGAAGCUGACGGAGUGUUUGCAGGAAGUUUAUGAGCCGGAUUGGCCUGGGAGAGAUGACACAAACAAAAUAGCAGAGAACAAUGACCUCCUCUGGACGGAUUUCCAUCAGAAGCUGGUGGAUCAGGCGCUUCUGACCAUGGAUACUUACCUUGGCCAAUUCCCAGAUAUUAAAUCUCGUAUAGCGAAGCGAGGAAGGAAGCUUGUGGAUUACGACAGCGCCAGACACCACUUUGAAGCCCUGCAAACUGCAAAGAAGAAGGACGAAACUAAAAUCGCAAAGCCUGUUUCGCUGCUUGAGAAAGCUGCGCCUCAGUGGUGUCAAGGGAAGCUCCAAGCUCACCUCGUUGCGCAAACUAAUCUGCUCCGAAAUCAGGCUGAAGAAGAGUUAGUAAAGGCUCAGAAGGUAUUUGAAGAGAUGAACGUUGAUCUGCAGGAGGAGCUGCCUUCACUAUGGAAUAGUCGUGUUGGUUUCUACGUCAACACAUUCCAGAGUAUAGCAGGCCUAGAAGAAAACUUCCAUAAAGAAAUGAGCAAGUUGAACCAAAACCUCCAUGAUGUCCUGCUGGGUCUAGACAAGCAGUAUUCAGGCAAUGCCUUCCCCAUUAAAGCACAGCCCAGAAAGAAAACUAAACUGUUCGCCAGGCUGAGGAAAAAGAUGAGCAGGUACCGUGACAGCACCCCAGCGAAAGCAAAUAAAAGCCCCUCGCCUCCACCAGAUGGAUCUCCCAUCACCAGCCCUGAGACCAAGACUGUCAACCAUGAGCUGGAACCGUCCACUUUGGAAGCACCUGGGGCAAGCAUCCCAAAGUCACCAUCUCAGUUGAGGAAAGGGCCUCCGGUGCCUCCGCCUCCAAAAGUCACCCCUUCCAAGGAGAUCAAGCAAGAGAACAUCAUCAGUCUGUUUGAUGACAAUUUUGUCCCUGAGAUAAGUGUGACAACCCCCUCGCAGUUUGAUGCCCCUGGGCCCUUCCAGGAGGGAGCCAGCCUGUUGGAUCUGGAUUUUGAUCCCAUUAAACCAGAUGCCACUGUGGGGAAGACCCCCACACCUGCCUCCCAGUCUUUACCUUGGGAUUUAUGGGAGCCCGCAGAAGCAGCCCAUGCAGGAGCUGAAGCAGCUGGAUCUGAAGCAGCAGCUGGAGCUGAAGCGUCUAAAACCGAAGCUGAUUCGGGAUCGACCUCUCUGCCUGCUGUUGUUGUGGAAACUUUCCCUGCUACUGUCAAUGGCACCGUGGAAGGAGGUGCUUCCUCUGAAAGAGCUGACAUGCCCCCAGGAUUUCUGUUCAAGGUUCAGGCCAUGCAUGAUUACACAGCCACUGACAGUGACGAGCUGCAGCUGAAGGCCGGAGACGUGGUGCUCGUGAUUCCAUUUGAGAACCCUGAGGAGCAGCUGGAUGUGGGUGCAACAGCCAUGAACUCGAGACUCUCCAAGCUGCAGAGGGACGAAGGAUGGCUGAUGGGUGUGAAGGAGUCUGACUGGAUCCAGCGUAAGGAACUGGACCAAUGCCGAGGGGUUUUCCCUGAGAAUUUCACAGAGCGGGUGCAGUGAAAGCCCAAGCCCACCGGACACAUUUCUGCUGGAAGAAAAAGAAAAUUUUCUGGUAGAGAAUUGAAAAAGAGCAGCAAAAUGAAAAGAAGAUAAUUUUAACGGAACAGAAGCCUGAAAAAAAUUGUCAACUUAAAGGGUGUGUGCUUUUCAAAGGGCAAGGUUUCAGAAGUAAAUUGCAAUUCAAAGCAUUAUCAAUAUAUAUGAAUACUACUACUACUAAGGCAAAUCAAUUACCUUCUUCCCCCUUUGGUUUAACAGCAUUAGGAUUCAGAGGACUGACACAGAAGCAGCUCAAUGUGGUUCUGUAAAUACUGCAUUGACUGAAUUGGUGAGAUGUCAGUCUGAUCCCUGGAAAGCAGCAUUUGUCUAAAAAGAGAGUAGAAACUGCAUUUGCUCUUGGGUGGGUUCAUCUGUUUUGUCUUGAAGGUGGCUUGCAUGGCAACCAUAAAAAUUCAGCCUUCCCCACGUGUUCAACCUACAGUAGGCCAAACUUUCUGUUAAUGCUGUUGAAAAAAAAAAAUUAGUGUAUAGUGUUCACCAAUACAAUGUAUGUGUGUGCGCGUGUGCAUUUAUUUUAUUCCUUUAAAACAGUGUUACACAAACUGAUUUUAUACAAGUAAAGACAGAAGAAACUACACAGUAAGGGCAUGGAGGUGAAAUGUGUGAAGCUGUGCUCAGUUCAAAAUUCUUUCAAAUGCAAGCACCUACACUCUCACGGUAGUGUAUUGGCCUGGAAAAAGCUAAGGAGAAUGAAAAAAUUAAAUAAACAAGACAAAAUGAGCAGAUGGCAUUUUAGAUGGCUCUGAAAUUUAGGAAAGGGAAUCCCCUGCCUCCCAAACCCUGUAGACAGUUUCAGAAAAGCUUAGAUUCACAUAUAUGGAAGAUAGCUCUCAAAUCUGUAUGGUUAGAAAAUGUGCUUUUAAAGAAAGACAAGGGAAGAAAACUUUUCUUCUGAAAGAAUGUCUAAGAAAAAACACUGAGAAAAAACAAUUUGCUGUCUGUUUUUAAUUGGCUUUUUUUUUUUUUUUUUUUUUUUUUUGUGGAAUAGUAUUUCUUAUUUUCCUUUGAAGACUUCUGUAAGUGAAAUACUGUUAGAUCAGCUUUCUCCAGUGCUGUGCUGGUGAUCAAGUUAACCUCUAAGAAAACUGGACUCUUAAAGUACUCCUUUAAAAUGGCUGCAUGACUUCUCGAUGUUUUAAUGCAUUAGAAGAGGAAGGAAGAAUAUCAAAGUGUCAGUGUCAAGAAGAUACCACGCAGUCUAAUACUGAUGCUGAGACCUUUCCUUGACCUUUCCUUUGCUCCUGUUUUGUUUUGUUUUGUUUUGUUGUUUUUUUUGUUUUGGUUUUUUUUUGUUUUUUUAAGUUUAAACAAGCAGAUGACAAAGCUGUUUCAAAGUGCGUAUUACAGUUGUUAAAAUAAGCCGGUCUGACCCUCCAAGACUCUGUGAAGUCCUACAAAGGUACUUUAAACUUUACUUGAAUACUGAUGCAGCUGGCAAGCAGGUCAGGCUAUUAUUAUUUUUUUAAUGGCUUCCCACCCUUUACCCCAUGAUCUUUUUUUUGCCUUGAAGGGAUUUUUAACAGUGAGGUUACCUCCUGCUGUAAAGGGACAGGAUCACUCUCGGAAAUAAUCUUCCUAUAUCCGUUAGCAGCUGGCUUUCAUCAAAGAAGCAUGGAAUGCUGACACACACUACUAAAAAUCCCACCUUUUCUGAUCUGCUUUGAUUACUUGUAUGACAACAGAAAAAAAAAAAAAACAUAGGGCAAAUGUGGAUUUUUUUAUUUUUAUUUUUUAAUUUUAGUUGAGAGAGGUCAGAUUUUGAUCAAAAGUAUAUUUUUGUAAAUGCAGGAAGUGCUGGAGUUCCUCCAGCUUUCGUCUUGGAAGAAGACCUGUGUUAGUUAUUUACAGCAAUAUAGCAAGUGUCAAAAUCUGUCCUGUAUACCCCUUCCUCCCCCACUUUUUUUUUUUUUUCUUUUUAAUAAACUUGCAGGAAUUUGUAUUGUACAUCACUGUUAAAAACCCCAAUAGUAUUUAGGAGUAAUUGCUCACAGUACAGAAGGACUGGACUCCACACAUUAUAGUAUGGUGAGCCAUUGCUUUAGAAUACUGCCCUGUUACAUUGCUUUUUUUUUUUUUUCACCAGGGUUGUCUUUAUUAUUACUUUUUCUUUCCAAAGUAUCUAUUUUUAUGCGUUUGUGACUCCCAUUACUCCUUUUAAAGAAUAUUCAUAGAAAAAUAUGCAUUUAAAUAUACAUAGAAAUAUAUAUAUAUUAAAAAGCGGGUUGAAUCCAAUUAACAUAAUGCUGUCAGCUUAAAAUGUUUAUUUUUAUGCAAAACCUGUGGAUUAUUGUUUUUUAAAAAAAGACAAGAUUCUAAGUACCAGAGCUGUGAUUUUUUUGUCUUGCAAGUAAUUGUUCUAGAACGUUUAAAAAGCUGUGCUGAUACCUAAUUUAUUGUUUGUUGUUGUUUUUUUUUCUUUUUUUUUUCUUUUUUUUUUUUUUUUUUGCUAUUGUUUAUAAUGUCUUCUGCUGUGUUUAAACCAGAUGACUGUCCCAACAGAAAUCCUUGUAAGGCCUUUUCAUUUAAUCGAGCUUGCAAAGCAACUAUCCAGUACUGUAUUAUCCCUGCAGAAGUGGUAACGCUCUGCAAAAAAGGGAUGUUGUUUUCAGGUCACAUGGUUGAUGCUCGAAUAUUGCUAGUGGGGUUGAUGUUGCAUCUUUCUCCAUUUGCUUCCCCCUAACGCCAAAAUCGCAGCCCCCAAAAGCCCUUGCUUAGAGCAGGUAGCUUGGGUAACCUAGAUGUUGCAUUGCUCGCAAAUUGGUGCACGUCACAUCACAGAUUCUAAAAAUGCAGGAUCGGGCCUGCACUGUGUAAAUUGCCUUACAUGAGAGUAGGAUGGCAUGGCAGGAAGCUUGUAGAUGGCAGUGUUCUUUGGAGCCAGGACGUCUCUUAUCUCCUGGAUUAUGUUCAGCCCAUAACAGGCACAACUCCUCUGAUUUUCAGUAUUUUUUCAUCUACUAAAUACCUCGAUUCUGGUUGGUAUUACCUGGUGAAAUAAAAUUCCCAUUUUCUUUGGCUUAGGACUGAUUCAAAUAGAAAGAGGGGCAGUAAACUCCCAAGUAGGCUGUGCCCACUGUUUUUUCAGUUUGCAGGCUGAACUGAAAAACCUGGGGAAAAAAAAGCUGUAAGGGUAACCUGAAGUUGUAAGGGUGACCUUGAGACAAUUUUUUUUUUUUUUCAUUUUGUCAGUGAAAUGAAAAAGGGAAAAAUCAAAACAUAAACCAAUACUUUCAAACAAAAAUGAAACAUUUCAUUUUUAGGGUUGCUUUUUCACUUUUUUAAAACCAUUAUGACUUGGGCUAUAAAAAGUUGCUUUGAAGCGCAAAUGUGAAACCUGUUCUGCAAAUGCUGAAAGAAAAUGUUUUAUCGUUAAUAGUCUUUUUGCCUUUGCCUUUUUUUCUUAGUCUGAUGAAUAGUUUCAGUUAACCCCAAACUGCAUUUUUUGGUGAAUCCAUUAUCCAUUGAAGAGAACCCAAAGAAGCCUAUUGCCCGGUUCUGCUCCACUGACAGGUACACUGGAUGCAUUUCAAGGAUUACCUGGUAUCUAAAACCAGCAAACCUGCUGUUUCCCCAUAUUCUACUGGAUUGUUUUACUGGGUGAACAAUAAAAGCAUCUCUCAGCCCUUGCUAUUGACUGGUUUUUAGCCUGACUUAGACAUUCGUUAUCAAUCUCAGUUUGGUCAUGGAUUUAUGGCUGUAGAUAUGACACUUCUCCUAUUUGAGCCUAAUCCCAUUGUGCAGCAAGAAUUAUCAUUUGCCCAAGUGAUGAGAGAAAUAAGGCAUUGUUCUUUCUCCCUUUUUAUCUUUGUCUUAGCAAUGUCAGUAAUAAAUCUUUACUAGGUGGAGUCAGGGAAAGAGGUCCCAGGGUGAAGAUGAAUGCGCUGUUCCAGACUCCCUCCUGCUCUGUUUCUUUCCAUGGGCAGUCCUCAGCUGUCUGCUUUUGCCACCUUUGCCCUUCUUGGCUGUAGAGGUCAUGGAGCAAAAGGGAUUGUGCAGGCUUCAUUCCAGGUGCGCAGAGUUAGUCCAGCUUUGUGGUCUGUUUGCCACGCUUUGUGGAACCACUGGCUCUGUGUAUGCCGGUUGUAGUAGCAGGACCCUGUCCUGUUGCACUAUCCAAAGACCAUACCCAAGGCAAACAGCCCCAAGUCAGAGGCGUCUUUUAUAGCCUGGAGCAGGUUGUAAGAGCUUCAUAUUCUCCUUGGAAUCAGGGUGUCAGCUCAGUUUAGUUUUUCAUCAGCCUUUUGAAAGGAAAAGGCCCAAGGCAUUUAUCUUCCGCUCCCUUAGUGUGGCUGUUGGCCCCACUCAGAGUAUGACCUUGAGGUGCAGUUGCCAGAGAUACUACAAAAUAGGUGAGAGCAAAAAUCGCACAAAUAGUGGGGUGCCUAAGGUCCUCUUGACUUCAGAAGUCUGUGUCUUUCAGACUGCUUCCCAACCUCUUUUGUGCUCUUUGAGGUUGAUGUUAACAUAAGGCACCCUCAACCAGCUUGAAGCUAGAAGAUGCAAAAACUUCAGCAAAUCCUGCAUAGUGCAGCUUGAUAAUGCUGAUAGCAGGAAAACAAGCAAAAGCUUUUCUUCUCUGGGCUGCCAAAGGAAGGUGUUUCAUGCCACAUAGGUACCAUCACAGCUAGUGCUGUCGCAGGCACCUCUGCUUGCAUGCUCUUGGACAUUUCUGAGUAGCAAACUCCUGACAGAGAAGGGUGCUGGGCUGUGUCACCAGCCCGUGUAAGCUGGCACAUGGAGGCUGAGAAUUCGAAGGCCAAUUCAGAAAUUGUAUUUAUGAAACUAAGUGGAGAAAAACUACAGCUGUUAAGACUGAUCUGUAUGAGUUUGUAUUUUGAUGUGUCUUCUGGCUAUAAUUCCUUCACUUGUUUUUUACAGUGUAUUCUGCUGUUCCUGUCUCUAGUCUGCAUUUCACCUAGAUGCUCCCUACAUGAAACCUGCCAGAUGCAGGUCUGGGCUUAUUGCUUCUCUUUAACUGAAUCAAAUUGCAACGACUUUGGCAAUGUGCUGGCAAUCUCUUUUCCUUCUGUUAAUUCAGUGUCUGGGUUUAACCACCAUGAUGUGAGAAAUGUUUGGAUUUUGGGUGUUGUUUUUUUUUUUUUUUUUUUUUUUAAUUAUUUUAAUUCUUGUUUUGUUUAAACAACGCUGAACAAUUCCCAUUGUAUUCAGAGCUGUGAUGCCCAGUUUCAGUGACAAGUACUAGAUGGAUUUGUCCCAUUUUGUUUCUUGGCAAUGUUCAGAAAUACAAUUUGUGUCAUCCUAA